AACAAGUUGGGUUGACGAAAACAAAUGAUUUAUUCAAUACAAAAAUCAGUGAAUUACGCACGUGUGUGUGAAAAGUAGAGAAUUUGGGUCAUGAGUUUCGCAAAAUCAUGGUAUAUUCCCGCAUCACCGCUGGGCUAGUUGGAUCAAUAUGCGCUCCCGCUUCGUCCAGCUUUGGUUGCUAGGAGCGUUGCUGGGAGGCGCCCACGGGAAGUGGGUGGAGGGACGAAUCGACACUAAAGAUAACUGGGCUUUCCUAGCCAGAUUUUGCUUUCUUUCUCUGGAGGGGCAGUUCGAGUACCUGAUAGAAUAUGACAAGGACAUGGGCAUCCCCAACCUGCUUCUUUAUUACGAUGACGACAAUCAGUGGCCAGCAGUGUACCACAGUAGUAAGACCUGCAAAGAACGCGAAGCUGUUCUCAAUAAAGCAGGACAGAACCAGAUAAUCAAGCUGUCCCACUGGUAUCCCGAGACCGAGUACUCAGGGUGCAUCCUCACGAAGGCCAAUAAGGAACUGCCCGCUUCCAAAAGCACUACAACAACAAAGAAACCAACAACAAAGUCAACAAAAAUCACAACAAAACCACAACUACCUUUAGACACGACGUACUACGACCAAUUUCUAAAAACUACCACUUUGAAACCGAAAUCUACCACUGCUGGUACAAAUUCUACCACUUGGUACGAACUGUUGCCUACAGAUGACUUGAAUUUUACUACCAUUAUGCCGGAGGACGAUUUGUGGGAGAGUAUAGGACCGCAUAGAAAUGAAAGUCAAAGUCAAUUUCAAAAUUUGAAAGAUGUUGAGAUUCUGUUUAGCAAUCCUGUAAAUGGCAGCCACAAAAUAAAAAGAUCCACAAACAAGAUAUACGAGCGCUAUCUCCGUCGCCGGCUUCACUCGGAGUCGAACCAGCAACCCCACAGACAGAGCAAGCGGCACGCGGCCACUGAGCGACUGGUCGUGUCGUGCCACAACUCGCGCCGGUUCCGCUCCGCUAGGGAGCGCUGGUGGUUCAUUGCUAUCAGCAACUGCGACAGCUCUAAGGGUCUAGAUGUCCGUUACAAGUUCCUGAUGACGAAUGGACCUGACGGUGAUUUUUGGCACGAACAUUUCUCUGCUGAUGAGUUUUAUGUUCUCCCAGUCCUUCUAGCCUAUACCUUCGCUUACGUCAUAGUUAUGAUAGCAGUAGUGAUGUGCAGCGUGGAGCUCAAGUGUCGACAUCUGCUACAUUCCACAUACAAGCUGUUUCUAGCAUCGAUAGCGUCACAACACUUGGGUGUGCUGCUUCAGACUUUGGCUAAUAUACGCUACGCUUCAAAUGGGGUGGGAAGCUAUAGUGUGAAGACUGUUGGGUUAUUCUUCACCGGCAUAUCUGAGACUACCUUCCUUCUCCUGCUGAUCCUGAUGGCUAAAGGGUACACCAUAACGCGAGGGCGGCUCAAGGUCGCGUUCACGGUCAAACUGACUGUUUUCAUGUGCAGCUAUAUCGUCACUUAUAUUGUCCUGUUUAUAUACCAGGCUAAGGCCUUCGAUCCAGGGGAGGUGUUAUACUUAUACGAGAGCCCUGCAGGCUAUGGGCUGAUAGUUCUAAGGAUACUCGCGUGGUGUGUUUUUGCUUAUUCCACAUUUUUCACCGUCAGAAAAUAUCCAGAAAAGAAUACCUUCUACUGCCCAUUCUUUAUUUGUGGGACUCUCUGGUUUUACGCGGGACCUCUUUUUAUUUUAACCGCGAAUUCUUAUAUUGAUAAGUGGGUACGAGAAAGCGUAGUAAUAGCUGUACUACUAUUUAUCACAUUUAGCGGGCAUAUCAUGUUUUUAUUAUUGACGCUACCAGUGUUUGCAAAUAAGAAUUUUCCAUACCACGUUCGUACAACGCAAAUUGGCGUCAUGGAGGUGACAGGCAGCUCUGCCCUCGACAGUUUUGGCCACAACGCCUACCAUCCUACUUCUAAUGGCGCUGCACAGACCGUCAUUAUACCUCUUACUAGACGCACCGAAGAGCUAAUAGGCAAUAUGUACAGCCAAUACAUGGCUACUGCUCCUCCAUUGUCUUUAGAAAACGGCACUCCCAAACUCAACGGUGUACCUCAUAAUAUAGACUCAAUAUCACCCAAAAAUGGGCUCAUAAAGCAAGACAGCACUGAAACUAAUGCUUCAGACGAUAUAAAACCAAUAUUAAAUGUUAAAGACAAAGAAAUAUUUACAGUCGAAGGCCACAUAUCGAAAAUAGAAGCAGUAUUGCCACAAGAAAUAAAAGAUAAAACAGUGUUGCCGCAUGAAAAUAUCAACAAAAAUGGGGAGGUUGGGAGGGAUUUUUCUAGAGGCGAUUUGCCGUUGGUUUUGAGGUCUAGGAGGAAUAUUCUGGAACCUAUAAAGAGGGAGGAGGUGCCUGUUCCCUCUUGGUCGCUGGCUAAAGGUCCUUGUGUGGUCGGGAUGCAAAAAAAAGCGAAGAGUGUUGAAGAAGACCCAGACUCACCCAAGACCUCAAUCUCCCUUACAAAUGGGAAGAAAGUGCCUCCAGUUCGGAACGGUCUGCAGUCAAGUUCUGGGGAGAUCUCCACGAUACACGAGGGACAUGUCCAAACAUAUCCUAACACGGUUAGCAAGGCCACCAUCGACUUGUUCAACGCUAGCAGUAGUAAAGGUUGAUUUGUUGCAUGAUUUAUGAGACUGGGCAUAAUAUAGUACCCUGUGGUACACUUUGGUUGAUUUUGUUAAUCUAUUUUAUUUAAAACAAUAUUAUUUACUAAAUACUCAGGAAUAGUCCUUUUAUAGCAA